GCAAAACCACACGAGAGAAAGUGUCGAGAGGUUCUACAUCGAUCACAGGUUGUUCUUCUCAUAUCAAGAAUUGCUGUAAUCAUGCACUCGUCAAUAUCGAGCGUAUUCGUGGCUACUUUUGCUCUUGCUUAUUUUUCCGUCACUUCGGGAUGCUCACAAAAAGCAUGUGUAGGAGUCACAGUUUACUACGAAUCUCUCUGUGGUGAUAGCUUGAGAUUCAUAAAAGGAUCUUUGGUGCCUACUUAUGCGGAGCUGAAAGACUACUUGGAUAUUACCUUCGUUCCCUACGGCAAGGCUUCGCAUGAACGUGAUCAAGCUACAGGUGGAUGGAACUUUUCAUGUCAACACGGACCACCGGAAUGUAAAGGAAACAAAGCCCAGGCCUGUGGAUUAUAUGCGAUUAAAUCCGAAGAAAAAACCGAAGACCAGCAAGAUCUCUCGGUUAGAUUUGUCGGUUGCGCAAUGUCUAGCGACGAUCCUUCUUCUAAUGCUCAACAGUGUGCAGUUUCAGUGGGACUGAAAAGCUCAACCCAAGAAUUAUUGAAUAAAUGCGAGAGCGACGUUACGGGCGAUAAUUUGCUUGCCAAUUACGGGGAGAUGACACACAGUCUCAGACCGCAAUUAUCCUUCGUACCAACUAUUGUCAUAAAUGACAAGUUUACAGGAGAAAAUCAAUUGAUGGCACUAACCCAGUUCAAAAAAUUAAUCUGUAAUAAUUUGCCGUCAGAUGUGAAGCCUCCAACAUGCGGGCAGUAA